AUGGGAGACACCACAGUUGAAUCUGCGUGGACUAUUGCGACUUUAGCCCCCGUACUUUCAUAUCUUGAUGAAAUUGAAACAGCAAACGAAGUGGUGAGUGCUUGUGUAAGACGGGGAGUUACAUAUCCAGUGGUAAGAAAUUAUGACCUUGCAAAAAAGGCUAUUGAAGAAACGCUUUCAAUUUUCGAGGGUGGAAAGUCGACUUUGGUUCGAAUGGUGCUUCGGAUUCACAGAAUUUUCAAGUUGGACGAAUUGAAGCACUACCUUUGCUUUAUUUUUUGGACGAGUUCACAGUCUUGGCACCUAAGUUUCGUGAUGACAUUCGAUUUGAAGUAA